GGCAAGCAAGAAAUGAAUUCCAAACCCCAUUCAUGAGUUUAUACCACAAUGGAAGCAAGCCCCCAUGAAUCUACCUAGCUUAAUAGCUUAGAUUUUAUUCCAUUGGGAUUUUAUUUCACCUGUUGAUCGCUGAUCGAUGUUUCUUGUUUGUGAAUCUCUUCUUCUGAUCUAUAUAAGAGCCCCGACUCAAACAGCAGCAUACCUUAGCAUUGCGUUGCAUUGCCUCAAACUGCAUGUUCUUGAAUUGAAAUUCAAUUACACAAACACACACACACAUAUCUAUAUCUAUAUCUAUAUAUAUAUAUAUAGAUAUCCUCUUGAUCAGGUAGGUAGCUAGGUAGGUUCUCAAUCAAUGUCUGGGCGGGAGAGGGAGACGGCGCCACUUUCAUCCUUAGGCAGAGGUCGGAGUUUUGUGAUGGAGCAUGAUCGCAGCAGCAGCAGGCCAGCAGAGAUUAUUGCAGAGGGGCUUAAGCGUAGGGGAGGGGGAGGGGGAGGGGGAGGCUUUUUUUCAUCGGAUGAGAAUGCACUCACUAAGCAAAUUCUGGGCACUCAUGCGCCGGGGAUCGAUGAUCUCAAUGUCAAGCCGCUGCUUGCUGUUAUUGAGGAUAUAUUGCGCCUUGGAAGCCCCACUUUGUCUACUCAUGACAACGACAAUAAUAAUAAUGCUCUAACUGCCGGUGCACGUUCAGACGCCAAUCUUGAUCAUCAACCGGGGGGGAAGAAGAAGGUUGUGUCAUUUCACGACGAUAUCAGCUACACCACUCCUGAUCACGACUUAAACAUCGUUGCAGUUCUUGCACUUCCCAUCAAUAGGAUUUCUUCCGAGAUGAUCUGCAAAUGCAACGAAGGAGGAGGGGAAGCACAUUCCGCAACUAUGAACCUCCUCAGAUCCCUCUCCAACUACUCAUGGGACGUUAAGGUUGGCAUAACCUUCGCAGCAUUCGCCAUCAACUACGGCGAGUUCUGCCUCGUCGACCAUUUGCGCAUGGAGAAUCCGCUCGCCAAGAACAUCGCCACACUCAAGGAUCUGCCCCAUACGAUGGACAAUGCCGCCGCGGAAUUGAAGCACAAGUUGGAGGCAGUUGUCAUCCUCUUGAACACUGCACUCAAUGUAACUCGAUUCAUCGUCAAGUUCAAAGAGCUUCCCUCCGCUUACAUCACCCACGAUUCGCCCGAAAUUACAGCUGCAACCGCUCACAUUCCGACUGCCGUUUACUGGAUCAUAAGAAGUCUUAUGGCAAGUUUUUCCCUGCUCUUGAACCUCGUCGGCAGCUCCGGUCACGAAUACAUGUCGGCGACUGCCGAGUCAUGGGAGAUAUUAAGCCUAACUCAUAAGCUAGAGGUUAUAUCGGCACACCUGAAAAAGCAGCUGGCAAUUUGCUUGGGCUUAGUUGACAAGAAGAAGUCGGAGGAUGCGUACAUCGCAUUCAAAAGGCUCAUCGAAACAUCGCAUAUCGACAACAUGAAAGUACUCCGGGCUAUGAUUCGCACAACUGAAGACCAAAUGCCACUCUACGAUGGUUCCAAGAGGACAAAUGAACGCCUCGAGGCACUAAGGUCCAAGUACAUCUUGCUGUUGAUCACAGACCUUGAUGUUCCUCACGAAGAGAUAAAUGUCCUGCACAUGAUUUACAACCAACACGCAAUGCGACACGAGUACGAGGUUCUCUGGCUUCCUGUCGUGGAUCCAACGACGGCGCCAUUGCAAGACAACGUUUUCUACGAUCUAAGAAACAACAACAUGCCUUGGUACUCGGUGACUCGCCCUUCCUUGGUUGAGCCGGUGGCCAUUCGAUACUUCAAAGAGGUUUGGAACUUCACCCAUAUGCCUAUGCUCGUCGUCUUAGAUCCGCAAGGGAAACCCUCCAACCUCAAUGCUUUGCCAAUGAUGUGGAUUUGGGGAGGCCACGCCUUCCCCUUCACGAAAGCCCGCGAGCGCGCCCUAUGGGACGACCAUACUUGGAACAUCGAUCUCCUAGCCGACGCCAUCGAUCCGCGCAUUCCCGAAUGGACAAGGGGGAACAGAGUGAUCUGCCUAUACGGCGGCGAGGACAUCGACUGGAUUCGGAAGUUCACCCUGUCGGCACGAGCAGCAGCCAGCGCGCUGCAUGUCCCCCUGGAAAUGCUGUACGUCGGCAAACGCAAUCCCCGCGACAAAGUGCGGCGAUGCCACGAAGUGAUCAAUCGGGAGAAGCUGAGCCACAUCUUCCCCCUGGCGGAGUACUACGACUACGUGUGGUACUUUUGGGUCCGCCUCUGGAGCAUGUGGAACUCGAAGAAGCACAUCGGAAUGAGUGUGGAUGACGACCGGAUAAUGCGGGAGAUCAUGGACAUGCUGACCUUCGAUAGCAGCAAGGAAGGGUGGGCAGUGUUCAGCCGGGGGAACUACGAGAUGGCGAAGGGGAAGGGCGACGUGGUGCUGCCUGUUUUGGAUAAUUACACGGCGUGGGGGUACAAUGUGGAUCAUCCCGACAAGUUUGUGGCGGUGGUGGAGGAGGAGAUCCGGAGGGCACACCCGGAGCACCACUGCAACCACCUCAUCUUGCCGGGACAGACGGGAUACAUCCCGGAGCGGGUGGCCUGCUCCCAAUGCGGCAAGAUUAUGGAGCACUAUGUCAUGUACAGCUGCUGCAAUGAUUGAACCAACAUAUAUAAUUUACUUACUUAAUUAAUACGUACAAUAAAUAUAUCUAUUUUCUUCUCUUCUGCUAUUAUUCUUAUAUAUAUUGCAGUUAAUAAAGUUAGAGUUUGAUAAAAUGAUGUGAGAGAUAUGUUGAAUAUGCAUGAAUGGGAGAUAUGUAAACAAAUAAUUAAUAUAUAUGAUCUUAUUUU